AUGCCGUCAUCGUGCCGAUUAUUAAUAAUCGCCGCCGUCGCCUCCGUCAUCGUCGGCUGCUGCUUAUCGGCGCCGACGGUGUGUCGCGCGUGCACCAAAAAUUGUUUCGCGUCGAACUCGUCGACGAACGCGACGAGCAGCAAUGUCGAUUUGAUGAACGAGCUCGAGAUGAACGAAAUCGAUGAUUCCACAGGACGACGACACAAACGCGAGGUUGAGUUUCGCGCGUGCUCGCGAUUCCAAAUCGAGAUGCUUCUCAUUCCGAUGGCCAUCGCUUUGAUUCCGCUCGUCCUUUGCGCGUUGUUCGUCUGCACUUGCUGCUGUGGACCGAAAGAGUCGCAAAGCAAACUUCCCGACGAUUUUCUCGCCUCGCUUCCAAUGUCGAAGAAGCGAUCGGCGGCGGCGCCCGAAGAGAUCGAGCUCGAGUUUGGCAAUGGCUAUGUCGCGAGGAAAGACUCGAGUCGAACCAAAUUCUCAACAACCGUCUCCUAUAUCGAGGCAAGACGCGAGAGCAUCUGGUCAGCGACAAGUGUGGCAAGCGACACGGCGGCCGAGGCUGUUAAGCACGAUUCGAUGAAAGCGGAACGCGAUGAGCCGGCAAAAUUGACCAAGGCCAAAUCGUGCGAGUCGAUAAAACGCUGCCGAUUCUCGGAUACCGUCUCGGUGAUCUCAGUCGACUCGCUGAAUCGCCGAUGA